AUGGUGCGGUCGUUGCCACUACGCAGUGGUUUCUUCAAGACGCCAGAGCUUUCGGACAGUGAUGAGGCAGAGUUAUUGGUUUGGAGUCGCUCCCUCGUGCCUGAUCUUGUCCGUCAGCCUGACGUUGAGUGGACCAUGAUCCACGAACGCAAGGGGGUGCAAUUGUGUGAGGAUCGACAAAAGGGAGGACUCACGUACUCCAUUCGUGCUGUAGCUACAGUACGCGCUUCGUUGGAUGACAUUAUGGACAUUUUCUUGGCACAAAACACAAUGGAUUACCGCUCACUUAUGCAGUUGCAACUGCGUGAGUUCUUCAUAGAUGCUGCUGUGCUCUUUCAUAGAGAACAGAACGAGUCUGAGACUUUGAGUAUAAAGUGGACAGCAGCCAGGACUAAAAAGAGUGUGACCAGUCUUGGAGGACAAGUCGGACUUGACUUUUGUCUCCUUGAGUACGCAGGAGUUGUCUCGUCCGACUUGGUUGACGGUCGUGAACAACAGACCCAUUCGUCUGCAUCCUCUUCGAAUAGUAAGGCGACGUCUGUGGGCGUGUGUCUCUAUGAAUCCAUUGACCAGGCUGAGUGUCCGUCGCUGUACGACUCGCACAGACUUGAACGAGCUUCGGUGUCGAAAUGCGGCUUCAUCUUUCGUCCCCACGUGGAAGACGGAGUCGUGGAAGCCAUGUUUGUGUGCAGCAUCCGGCAACCGCCUGGAGAACGUGCGAAACGACGCUGGAAUCGUGCGCUGCUGGCACAUUGGGCGCAGUCUGUGAGCGGUAUUGAAGAGGCUAUCAGUCGUCGACGGAUUUCGAAGGAACUUACAAAACGACGAGUGCCCACGUGGGUAAACGAUAAAGAACGUGCGUGCUGCCACUUGUGUCUUAAGACAUUUACUAAUACACGACGCAAACAUCAUUGUCGGGCGUGUGGAGAGAUUAUUUGUCGGGCGUGCUCAGUGUACAAGAAUGUGGAUUUGCAGUCCGUGGGUCUUACCACACUCCGAGUGUGCAAAGCUUGUAUGGACGGUUCUUCAUCUACUGUGGCAGAUCAAAAGAAGGAGGAGGCGAAUUUAGAGGCUGCAGCAGCAGUGGCUGCCGCUGCCAAGGGGGUUACUGCUGACGGUGUUGCGUUGCCGGAAGGUGUAGACAAUGAUGUUUUGCGAGACGCGGUGGAGGAAUACGCAUUGGCUCUCCCAGGCUCCCAAGUUUCUACGGUGCCGGAUCUUGUUGGUAUCGCUUGGCUGCAGCAACUAGCAACACGAGACCAAGAGAGCACGUUUAUGGUCAAUGCUUUGAUGGAGCGACUUCGAAUAGAUUCUGAGGAGAAGGUUACUGGCGGAACCACCGAAGAGCAGGUAGAUAUAUAUGACACUCUUUGCGACCUGGCGGCUCAGACUCUAGCUUGCAAAUAUGCUGUCGUUAGUUUGGUAGACGAAAAUCGUCAGUGGUUCAAAAGCGCUGUGAACGUCAAAGAAUCUGAGGUGCCGCGCGACUUCAGCUUUUGUGAAUACCCCGUACGUGACCAGCGACCACUUGUGGUCAUGGACACUUUGCGAGACCCACGAUUCAAGAUGAACCCGUUCGUUACUGGUCCACUUGGUGUGCGUUUUUUGGCUGGAGCACCACUAUUUACGGUGGACAAUGAAUGUGUUGGUGCAGUGUGCGUGCUGGACACGGCACCUCGUGAAUCGCUGCAGGAGUCGCAGAUCGCUACGAUGCAGAACCUGGCGCACUUGGCGAUGGUUAUGGUACAGGAGCGACGAGAGGCGCAGAGCAAAGUUGCGCGCGCUAUAGCUUCAUCACAGCUGGUACCGGCGCGUCAGAAUGGUGGUCAAAUUACCAAUACUGCUGAAUCUUCGGACCUUGUGCCACUGAGCAGCUACUCGGAGAUGUCCAUGGUUGUACAAGGUCGCACACAGCAGAAGGAAGACCCGGCGCUGAAGGAGCAGAUGAUGCAGUUGCUGCACAAGGCGUCACAGGUACGCGACCAAGUAAAUUUGCAGACACACAAACAGCAGGCAGGGCUUCAGAGUUCCGCCGAAUAG